AUGUUCGCAAAGGUAUUCGUCCUGCUGGCCGCCGUCGCCGUCGGAGUAAACUCGGUCGCCAUCGGUGUGGCCGCCCCGGCUACCCUCGUCAAGACCGAGGAGUACGAUGCCCAUCCGCAGUACAGCUUCAGCUACGAUGUCCAGGACUCGCUGACCGGGGACAACAAGCAGCAGCACGAGACGCGCGACGGUGACGUUGUGCAGGGUCAGUACUCGCUGGUGGAGCCGGACGGUACUCGUCGCACGGUCGACUACACCGCCGAUCCUGUGAACGGAUUCAACGCCGUCGUGAGCAAGACCGCCGACGCUGCCGUGGUGAAGACGGUCGCGGCCGCCCCGCUCGCCACCGCCGUCGUGGCCCACCACGCUCCGGCCCUGGCCGUGGCCCAUGCUCCGGUUGCCUACCAUGCCCCGGCCGCCGCCGUCGCUUACCACCACGCACCGGCCGUCGCCGUGGCCCAUGCCCCACUCGCUUACCACGCCCCGGCUGCCUACCACGCCCCGGCCACCUACGUGUCGCACGCCCCGGCCGCCUACGUGUCGCACGCGCCGGUCCUGUCGCACGCCCUGUACCACCACUAA